UUAUUUCGGGUUCUAAUUGGAUUAACCUGAAUAGAUCGGAUCCUCGGAAAUCAGGCGAAGAAGACGACUAAAUUUCUCCUGGGAUUAGAGAGAGAGGAAGGAAAAAUGGCGUCGGGGUGGGGGAUAACGGGAAACAAAGGGAGGUGUUACGAUUUCUGGAUGGAUUUCAGCGAAUGUAUGUCUCAUUGCAGAGAGCCCAAAGACUGUACUCUUCUUCGUGAAGACUACCUCGAGUGUCUUCACCAUUCCAAAGAGUUCCAACGAAGAAACAGGAUAUACAAAGAAGAACAACGUAAACUAAGAGCUGCAUCAAGGAAAGGCGAAGAAACCGGGGAUGGGACUCAUACUCAUCACUAGUCGAGAUUUUCCUCCUAUCUCCAAAGUUUGCAUCUUUCGAAGAAUAAACAAAAGUUUCUUGAAGAUUUCUGUAUCUUGUGUGCCAAACUUCAUUUGAUCGUAUUCAGUUUGCUUUUGCAAUGGAUUUUUUUGUCUUUGCUUUGUCUAUUACCUUUGACCGAGUUGUAAUAUGCCUUUGGCUACUCGUCAAACACAGACUCCUUCUUUAAUGGUAAUAAUUACUCCUACAGUUAUAUUAAAAUCAUUAUUCGAGAGACAUUAAAAACAGAACAGUGGGUGGAAUAAUGAAAA